CAUUCUGCGUUUAAUUUUUUCAAAAAUACUUGAAAAAAAUUUAAUGCGUUUAAACCACAUUGGCGCGAAAGUAGUAGUUGCAUUACAAGUAGUUCACUUACGUAGACGGAUAGAGAAAUAAAAAUAAAUAGUUCUUUUUUUAUAGCCAAGAAAUAACAGAAGUAGAAGUAGAACAUAACCUAAAAAUUUCAUUGUUUACAGUGUAGAUUCUUAAUUACAAGAGUAAUUAAAUUACGAUUAAAAGUACAUAGUUGAUUCCGAACUAAAUGUUGAUAAAACAAUAAUAACUUUAUUGAAUUUUAUUAAAAAUGCCUCCUGUAAGUAAUAUGACCCUAGUUAAAAUCGCCGCUUUAGGUGGUUUUGCAACUGUCACUAUGGCAAUUUUGUACAAAAAUAGAUUGAGUUACAAUGUAUCACAAACUGAAUUCUAUAAAGACGCACUAAAAACAUUAAGAAGCCACAAGGGAGCUGUUAGUUUGUUGGGCGAACCGAUUAGAGACAGAGAUGUAGAUGUAUCAGAUAUGGCAACAAAUUUUGUAAAAGACAACACCGCACAAUAUAAGGUACCCCUGAAAGGAAGCAAACAAAAUGGGCAUCUGUAUUUUUGGGCUUUGAAAAAUGUUGACAAAUGGGAUGUUACAAGAAUGGAAUUGGAGCUAGAUAAUGAUUCUUCAAAAAGACUUGUUAUUAAAUCAUCUAAUGAAAAACGUGAUUCUUAAAGCUUAGAAUUUGCUUGUAUAUUAACACCUUGGCUGCGUUUAGAGAUAAUUGUAAACUUACAUUUGAGUUUUUUACAAGGCAUGUACGUCCCAUAGUGAACCUUUGCCACAGAGUGUUACAACACACUUGACACAACCAACCGUUAAUGUAAUACUAGGUCUAUUUGUCUCCUGACGCAGCCAACCUGUUAACAACUUCACUGUCCCAAUGGAAACAUUGAAUAACAGGAGUCUACCUCAUCCAAAGCUUUUUCUAUUAUUUCAACUACCUUUGAAUCAUAUUUGAUUCAUGGAUGUUUGUAUUAGGGACAGAUUUAGUUCUUUGAAUCAUACAUACAGUGGACUCACCCUAUAAGAAACAUGAAUAUUAUAUAACGAGGUACACUAGAUGUCCCAUGAAAUUUUUAUUGGAUAUCGAUGGCUUAGUGUGAAAACCUCGUAUCUCAAUUUUUUUCGAAAAUGACAUUUUGGUGAUUUUUGUUUGAAAACCUUGUAUCUCACCAUUUACAACUGUUAGAAAAAAUCCAAAUACAGUAGACUAUUUUCUACAGCCGAAAAAAGAAACCACGUAUAUCAAUUGCUCUCUUGAUUUAGUGUGAAUACCACGUAUAUAAAACCAAGAAUUUGGUACUUACUUUGAAGUGUUUGUUUGAGAGAUUCUACUUGGAGAAGUGUUUUUUGUGAACAACAAAAUGUAGUCCGGCAUGUAGAAACAUUUUAUGAACCUUAAAUCAAAAGAUUUGUAUUGUAUCGACCUAGUAUUUGGAGGUGUGCAAUAAGCUAUGAAAAAUGAAAACCUCGUAAAUAAUAAUAAACACAACCUCAUUUGAGAUGAAAAACACGUAUAUCAAGAUAUACCUACGAGGUUAUCAUAGUUACUUGGGCAAAGGCUCUAUAUACUGCAAGGAUAUUUACGUGUUUUUCAUAGUUAAUAUUUGUAUUUCCAAUUUAAUAGCGAUAUUUGACACUUUUAGCUCUGGGCCAAUAUCAGAUAUUUGUCUCAAUGUGCUCGACUUAAAAAUAUGUAACGUAAUUUUUGUUUUUAUGUUAUAUUAUGCUGAAAAUCAGUUUUUUGCCUCUCCUGUAAAAUUGUCAUUUAAUGAGAUAUGAGGUUUUCAUACUAAGCCAUUGAUAUGUUUCUUUACCUGUUUUUAGAGCAGUAAUGGCUAUAAAUAAAUACCCCAACUGCCUAUACAGGGUGAGGCAGAUAAAGGGCCUAUUAGAAAUAUCUCGAGAACUAAAGCUAAGAGAAUCAUGAAAAUUGGAAUACAGGGGUUUUGAGGUAUGAACUAUUUAAUGAAAAUAUUUUGGUCUCUGCUACUUCCGGUUAUACCAGAAGUUGAUUGUAACUUCGUUUUUUUAAAUGGGACACCCUGUAUAUUUUUACAAUUUUGGAUUCUGCUCGAUGUCUUCUUUCUUAAAAUAUGAGGUUUUGUAAUAUUAUACAGGGUAGUUUAAAAGAUAAUUACGGUUUUUUAUAAAUUGUGUAGCAAACUUCACACCCUGUAGAAUUGUACUGAUUUGAUAUUAAAAACUCCAUUUAUGUUCAAGUGAUUUUUAAUAUAGUGUAUUAUUAUCAAAAAUUAAUAAUAUAGCAAAAUGUUUCAUUUUAGUAUACAGGGUUGGUCGAAACUCAGAAUGAAUAUUUUCUGAGUUUUCUUAAAUGGAACACCCUGUAUUUUUGUAUUGUAAUGAAAUAAGAUUUUAUAGUACUUUUUUAUUUCUUAACCGUUCCCUAUACCUAACUGCUUUGAUUUUUAAGUUAUUCGUAUUUCUUUAAGACAUUAAUUGCAACAAAAGUACGUGAAAUUUUAUUAGGUUUGCCGUGAAAAUAUUCAAUCAUAAAUAAUUUUUCGAAAAUAAACACAUAUUGAUCUCAACUGACCCUUAAUUUAUUCAUACUGGUUGAUAUAUCAAAAUACCUACGUAUUUAAGAUUGUUGGUGUGUUUAAUAUUAAUAAAAACAUACAAUAUUCUAUCUAGUUGGCUAUGACUUGGACACUAAAUAUGCUUAGACAUUUGCUUUGCUUAAACAUUCUACUAUUUUUGAAGUUCCAGUUGCUUUGCUGCCAUUACUACUUAAUAUGAAUUUAUCUAAUGAGAAACUGAUUCAGAUGUUUUUUGUUCUAGGAGAGUAAAACAAAUAAAAAUGUGUUAUUAGCAAUAAGAAUUUAUCCUCAGCAAUUCCAUGAUAGAUGAUAACCAAAAAGAGAAACUUCUCAAAAUUUACUAGAGCGGUUUCGACGAACUGGACAUAUAGAUUACGAAAAAUUUGAUCGAACAAAAACUGUUGUAAAUGAUUAAAAUGAAUUAAAUCUUAGUGGCACUGAGAAUCUGCAUAUUAGUAUGAACGUUCUCGUAAUCUAAGUGUCUAGUACGUCGAAACUAUUCUAGUAAACUUUAAAAAGUUUCUCUUCCUGGUUGUCGUCGAUCAGGGAGUUGCAGAUGAUAAAUUCUUAUUGGUAGUAGUACAUUUUUGUUAUACUCUCCUAGAACAAAAACUUUACUAAUCAGUUCCCCAUUACAAAAUUUAUAUUAGUAAUGGUAACAAAGCAACUGGAACUAUAAAAAUAAUGUAAUGUCUAAUGUUUAAUCAAGUUUAGUGUCAAAGCCAUAGCCAACUAGGUAGAAUAUUGUUUGUUUUUAUUAAUAUUUUAUGCACCAACAAUCUUAACAACGUGCAUUUUUGGUAUCUCAUCCAAUAUUAAUAAAUUAAGGAUAAUUCUAGAUUGACAUGUAUUUAUUUUCAAAAAAAUUUUCAUGAUUUAAUAUUUUCACGGUAAACCUAAUACAAUUUCACGUAAUUUUUGUUGCAAUUAAUGUUUGUCUUAAAGAACUACGAAUAACUUACAAAUUAAAGCAGUUAGGUAUAGGGAAUGCUUAAAAAAUAAAAAAGUACUAUAAAAUAUUUCAUUACAGUACAAAAAUACAGGGUGUUCCAUUUAAGAAAACUCAGAAAAUACUCAUUCUGAGUUUCGACCAACCCUGUAUACUAAAAUUAAAUAUUUCGCUAUAUUAUUAAUUUUUGAUAAUAGUAGACUAUAUUCAAAAUCACUUAAACAUAAAGGAAGUUUUUGAUAUCAAAUCAGUACAAUUCUACAGGGUGUAAAGUUUGCUACAAAAUUUAUAAAAAACCGUAAUUAUCUUUUAAAUUACGCUGUAUAAUAUUACAAAACCUCAUAUUUUAAGAAAGAAGACAUCGAGCAGAAUCCAAAAAUGUAAAAAUAUACAGGAUGUCCCAUUUAAAAAAACGAAGUUACAAUCAACUUCUGGUAUAACCGGAAGUAGUAAAGAGACCAAAAUAUUUUCAUUAAAUAGUUCAUACCUCAAAACCCCUGUAUUUCAAUUUUCAUGAUUCUCUUACCUUUAGUUCUUGAGAUAUUUCUAAUAGGCCCUUUAUCUGCCUCACCCUAUAUAUAGAAAUGCCCAACAUGUGUGUUAUUAUCGAGGCCAGUGCUGUAAUAAAUUCCACCGCCUGUAAUAAACUUCUUUCUGUUUAUCUAUCGACUGAUAUUGAAUAUUGUAGGCUAUUGUAAUUUACAACUUACGAUGGCUAAGUCUCAUUGUUCAUGUCGACCAUCGACACCAAAUAAAUGACGUAAGAGGCUCAAAACAUUUCAUUAUUAUUGUGGUCUGGUAUAACGAGAUCCGCUUAUAACGAGGUAAUUAGUCCACCAUUUCAGUUCUUGUUAUAGAGGGAGUCUACUGUAUAUGGUUCAUUGGAUAGUGAAAUUGUUAAGUACUCUUUGCAUGUGAAGUUUGUAAGUUAGUUAUGUAGAUGUCCAACAUAUUAUAUAUUAUCGCUGAAUGUAAAUAAAAUGAAUGUAAAAUAAAAUUUUUCUAAGGGUUAA